AUGAAAAGACCAUCAUCUUUAUCACUAGACCCAGGCGUCUCUUCAAAGCCAAAAUUUGAAAGCCUUGAGUUUAUUGACGGAGAUGAUCCUUUUCAGACACAUUAUUCUCACCGCUCUUCUACUUCAUCAAAAUCUACCUGCCUUCUAUCUUCCCGAGAGCUAGCUUUAUCAAAUGUUAGCACCCCCCUUAUCAAGCCACAAAUUCACAAAAAAUUAUUACACACAGACUCCUCGUCCUCAUAUCUCGACCUUUUAGGCAAUUAUCUUGAUGUCUUCUUUACCCUUUCUUCCUCUUACUUUGAAGAAUAUCAAAAUGCUUAUAUCCUUCACAUAUUGAAUCACUUAUACAAAACAAAAACACAAAUCACCAAAAAUGAUCAGCUCCCUGAUCCAGUUAAAGACCAAGGAUUUUCUCCCACAAAAAUAUUAGUGUUGUUUCCUUACUCCCCCCCUCCGUGAGUGAACAAAACCAUUAGAAAAAUCGCUAUUUUUUGACCAAAAACCCAAGCUCCGUGAGUGAACAAAAAUUUUUUUAAUAGGAAAAAUUUUUAUGGAAAAAAAUUUUGAUAUAUAAAUGAUAAUUAGUAUAAUGAAAUCUAGAGCUAAUUCUGUUUAAUUUCAAACGAAUUGCUUUUUAAAACAUAAAUUUUAUAAAUUAAAUUAAUAUUUGCUUUCCAAUUUUUGCGAAUUAGAUUUUUUUAAAUUUCGAAAAAAAAAAAUUUUUUAUAAAAUUUAUAUAUAAAAAUUUUUUUAAAAAAAAAAAUAAACCCUCCGUGAGUGAACAAAAUUUUUUUGUUCACUCACGGAGGGGGGGGGGAGUUAUAAAAAAAAUGCAAAAGUUUUUAUUGAAAAAUUGGUGGAAAUUCAUUGCAAAGGCAAGAAGAAAAAAAUGACAAAAUCAUCAAGAAGGAAAUUUACUGAGGUUUUUGAAGAAGCUGAAGACGCAGAGGUUUCUGAUGCGUUUAAGUUAGGGGUGGUGCUAGGAGAUAAAAGAGAAUUGCAGCUAUUUACACCUUUUAAGGCUUCUGAUAUGAUUAUUGCUAGUCCUAUGUCGCUUAGGCAAGCAAUAUUAAACGAAAGUGAAGACGAAAACGCAAAAGAAAACUUACUCCCUUGCUUAAUAUAAUAAGGAAAAAAUCUGUCCAAAUAGAGUAUAAUUAUUUUCAAAUUAUUAUAAAAUUUUAUUGAACUUUAUUGAUUCAAAGUGAUUAUUUGGUUAAAUAGUAUUCUAGCUUUUUUCAAUUGAACAAGAUAUAUAUAAAUCAAUGAUUUUUGUGACAAUAAAUUAAGUACCAAAGCUAUUUAAAUAGAAAAAUUAUUAUUUUUCUAUAAAAUAUGAAAUUUAAAGAGGUUAAGAAAUUUUACAAAAUCUACUAAUUUAAAUGAAGAAAUUAGGAAUUUUAUGCUCAAUUGAAAUGGUAGUCAUGGAAAAUUCUGAAGUAUUCCUAAUGCAAAAUUGGGACCACAUAGAAACUAUUUUUAAAGCCAUGAAUCGAAUCCCUGACAGAGAUUCUAUGACAGCUGACAUAAACCGCAUAAGGGAUCCUUUUAUUGAAGAAAAAAGCAAAGAAUACCGCCAAUUGAUAAUUUUCUCAGAAUUUAUAUCCCCUUUGCUUUUAUCUCUAUUUAACAGGAAUGAAAAUUAUAAAGGAAAGGCAAAAACAAUUGACCAUUAUCCAGGAGUAAACCAAUAUGACGUCGUCCAAAAAUACAGAAAAUUCAGGGCAAGCUCACAGCUUUCAGCAGCCGACGAAAGAUUCGAAUAUUUCACACAAAAUUUGUGGCCGAACAUAAAAGAAGAUCUAUACCCAAAAUCAAUUUUAUUUGUAGCAAGCUAUUUUGAGUAUAUAAGGGUUAAAGCUUAUCUUGAAGAAAAUGACCCAGGAGUGCUGUGCAUAAGUGAAUACACACAAAAAUCAGACAAACAAAGGUCAAUUGCAAACUGAAAAAAUGGGAAAAAUAAAGCCAUUUGUGUGACUGAAAGAUUUUUAUAUUUCAGACCACAGAAAUUUGAUGAUAUAGGUCAUUUGGUGUUUUAUUCAUUACCAGAGUUUAAUAAUUUUUAUGAAGAAUUUGCAAGGGAAAGCAAAGAAGUGAUAUCAGUUUAUUGCAAAUUUGAUGGGUACUCGCUACAGAGAAUCGUUGGAGACAAAAAGGCAGGGCAACUAUUAAAAUAA